CUCAAAAUGGCAUUUUGUAGAAAUGUGCAUUUUUAACAACGCGAGUGCAUUUCUAUCCAUGUUGGGCAAGCUGGAGUACAGAUGGGCAAUGCCUGUUGGGAGCUGUAUUGUCUGGAGCAUGACAUCCAGCCAGAUGGGCAAAUGGCUAGUGAGAAACUUGCUGUAGGUGGGGACAGCUCUUAUGACACCUUCUUCUGUGAGACAGGAGCCGGAAAGCUUAAUCCUAGAGCCAUCUUUGUGGACUUGGAACCCACAGUAAUUGAUGAGGUACGCAAAGGAACGUAUCGACGUUUGUUCCAUCCAGAGCAACUCAUCACGGGCAAGGAGGAUGCUGCUAAUAAUUAUGCCCGUGGGCACUACACCAUUGGCAGGGAUAUCAUCGAAUCAGUUCUUGACCGUAUUCGAAAGCUGGCUAACCAGUGCACUGGGCUACAGGGUUUCUUGAUCUUUCACAGUCUGGGGGGAGGUACAGGCUCUGGUUUUGCCUCUCUGCUCAUGGAGAGGUUGUCUAUCGACUAUGGGAAGAAAAGCAAAUUGGAGUUUGCAAUUUACCCAGCUCCUCAGGUCUCUACAGCCGUGGUGGAGCCCUACAACACAGUUUUGACCACACAUUCCACCUUGGAGCACUCAGAUUGCGCCUUUAUGGUUGAUAAUGAGGCUAUUUAUGACAUAUGCAGGAGAAACCUGGACAUUGAGCGUCCCACUUAUACCAAUCUCAAUCGGCUCAUUGGCCAAAUCGUAUCUUCUAUUACUGCUUCCUUACGUUUUGACGGUGCCUUGAAUGUGGAUCUGACAGAGUUUCAAACCAACUUGGUUCCAUAUCCCCGUAUCCACUUUCCCUUAGUGUCUUAUUCCCCAGUUAUAUCUGCAGAAAAGGCUUAUCAUGAGCAGCCUUCAGUAGCUGAAAUCACAUGCUCCUGCUUUGAGCCAACCAAUCAGAUGGUAAAGUGUGACCCUCGUCACGGCAAGUACAUGGCCUGCUGCUUACUGUACCGUGGUGAUGUAGUGCCUAAGGAUGUGAAUGCUGCUAUUGCUGCAAUCAAGACCAAGAGGGCCAUUCAGUUUGUAGACUGGUGUCCCACUGGAUUCAAGGUGGGCGUCAAUCACCAGCCACCUACCGUGGUGCCUGGCAGUGACCAGGCCAAGGUGCAGCGUGCUGUCUGCAUGCUAAGCAACACUACUGCAAUUGCAGAGGCUUGGGCCCGACUAGACCACAAGUUUGACCUGAUGUAUGCAAAACGAGCAUUCGUGCACUGGUACGUAGGGGAAGGCAUGGAAGAAGGUGAGUUUUCAGAGGCCAGGGAUGACCUGGCAGCCCUGGAGAGGGAUUAUGAAGAGGCAGGUAUUGACUCCGUGCACAGCACAUGUGAGGAAAAAGAAUAUUAA